CCCUCGCGCUCUCUCUACGUUCGCUAUGACAUCAACCCACAAUGCACCGCACUGUUUGCCGUUUACUCGCCGUCUCUGUGGCGACAGCAGCGAGCGCAGCCCCUUAUGCAAAUGAAACCGGAAGAAAACGUCAUCUUUGGCCAAUCUGAGCGUUCUAAAGUGACAUAAUGGAAUUUUUAGGGAUAGAAAACUUGCAAAUGCGUACUGACGCCCAUAGAGAACACCUCUCGCGCUAAGGAGAGAGAACAAUAUCGUAAAACAACACCAAAAGAAAGACAAGGAAAUACAAAUAAACGUUCGAGGAAUAAGAAUACUUUUGCGCAAUACGCAAGAAGAUCAACUAAAUGGGUCGUUUGGACGGCAAGCCCAGCUCACCCUUUCACUGGGUGUAGGAUGGGAACAAGCCUUUACCCAGACGAGGAUAUCCGAGGAAUAUCAAGAAUAAUGAUGAAGAAAGACAUGAGUUUAAACCUGGACGACCAGAACAGCUCCAACCUCAAGCCAGAUUUGAGGGAUGCUGAAGGAAUUCUUAAUUCACCCGAUUUGGGACUCCUCAAGCUGGCUUCUCCGGAGCUGGAGAGGCUGAUCAUCCAGUCCAACGGGAUGGUGACCACCACACCGACCUCCCAGUUCGUCUACCCGAAGUCGGUAAGCGACGAGCAGGAGUUCGCGGAGGGCUUCGUUAAAGCCCUGGAGGACCUUCACAAGCAGAACCAGCUGAACGGUGGACCGUGCGUUCCGCCGACGCUCAACAGACUCACCAGCAGCACUAGCCUCGCUUUGCCCACGGACCUGCCCGUGUAUACGAACUUGAGCACGUACGGAAGUACCACGGUGAACUAUUCCACGGACACCAUUCCGUUCCCACCGCCGCCGCCCGCGCACCCGAUGGCCGCGCAACAACAGCAGCAGCAGCAGCAGCUGCUAAAGGACGAGCCGCAGACCGUGCCGGACAUGCAGAGCUUCGGCGACAGUCCGCCGCUCUCCCCCAUCGACAUGGACACGCAGGAGCGCAUCAAGGCCGAGAGGAAGAAGCUGCGUAACCGGAUCGCCGCCUCCAAAUGCCGCAAGAGGAAACUGGAGCGGAUAUCCCGGUUGGAAGACAAAGUGAAAACUCUGAAGAGCCAAAACACGGAGCUCGCGUCCACGGCGAGCGUUCUGAGAGAGCAAGUGGCGCAGUUAAAACAGAGAGUGAUGAACCACGUCAAUAACGGCUGUCAGCUGCUGCCUAAUCAAGUUCAAGCUUAUUAAUUGACAUUCAACUUUAUCUGUCGGUGUUUGGGUGGUUGACAAAAAACAUGGUCUGGUUUGGUUGUGCUACAUUGAGAAUAUAUUAUUCACAAUAAAGCAUGACCUGAAGUGGCUUUUAUAAAAUAAAUAGUUUGGUAAUAAAGUAGUAAAGAAACGCAUUUUUAAUUAAAACGUUAUUUAAUUAAGCUAAUUCACAAAGCGUUGUUAUGCUAUAAAGCUAGCGAUUGUGCGCAGUGAUACGGCGAACUAGAAUCGUCACCACGUUUUGCCCCGCUAGCGACGAUUUUCCUAAAAUGUCAUUGAAAAGCUCGCUCCAAGUAUAUCUAUGUGUGUUGCUUGGUAGCACGAGACGCUCGAUCAUAUUUUGGUUUCUUUUGGAACUAUUUUCGUUGCGUUUAUUAUAAUGAUGGACAUAUAUUCCGCCAAAAGAUAUAGUCCCUGACACGACAGAACUAUAGCGAUUGUUCGCGUCAUAUUUUUAGUGAUUGAUCAAUCCUCCAGGACCGGAACUAUAUCUUUUUUAUUUCAUAUACAAUAUUUUUGAUUGGGCAAGCAGCGUUCCUAAGGUUUAACUAAAAUAUCACUGGAAAGUUCUCUAUUUUUAUCAGUGCGUUGCUUGGCAACACGAUCGUGUUUUGGUUUCUUUUGGAACUAAUUUUGGUGCUUUGAUAUAUUAUUAAAUCAUUAUUAGGCUAUAAUAAUUGCCUUCAUUCCGAUAAAAUAGCUACAGUCCCAGACUUGGCUGCAUGUUGCUAUGCAACAAAACUAAAGUUUCUGAUGGUGUUUUGUAUGGAAGCUUGUUUCUGCCAUGGAAUAAAAAAAAAUAAAAGAUAAUUGCGACUUUUUAUUUCACAAUUCUGACUUUUUUUUUUUUUUUUUGCAGUUGCAAGUUUAUAUCUUGCAACUCUUACUUUUCGCAUUUGCGAAUUUAUAUAUCGUAAUUCAGACUUUUUUCUCGCAAUUCUGAAUUUUCUUCGCAAUUGCUAUUUUAUAUCUCGCAAUUCUGAAUUUUUUUCCUUGCAGUUCUGAAUUUUUUCUUGCGGUUAUGACUUUUUCGCAAUUGCAAUUUUAUAUCUUGCAGUUCUGUCUUUUUUCUUGCAAUUCUGAAUUUUCUUCGCAAUUGCGAGUUUAUAUCUUGCAAUUCUGACUCUUUUUUUUGCAGUUGCAAGUUUAUAUCUUGCAAUUCUUACUUUUUUCGCAUUUGCGAGUUUAUAUCUCGUAAUUCAGACUUUUCUCACAAUUCUGAAUUUUCUUCGCAAUUGCUAUUUUAUAUCUCGCAAUUCUGAAUUUUUUUCUUGCGGUUAUGACUUUUUCUCAAUUGCAAUUUUAUAUCUUGCAGUUCUGACUUUUUUCUCGCAAUUCUGAAUUUUCUUCGCAAUUGCGAGUUUAUAUCUCACACUUCUGAGGCGAAAAAAAAAAGUCCGAAUUGCGAGAAAAAAGUUUUUAUUUUUUAUUCAGUGGCAGAAACAAGCUUCCAUAGUUUUGUGUCAUAGCUGUUUCUUUAUCUUGUAUUUUAGCACUACUGGAACGCUGCACUGACCAAUAAUGUUUUGUAUAUAUAUUUAACUAUAAAUAUUUUUAGGCCUAUACAACAGUUAGUUCUGGUACACUAAUUGGAUUUACGCUAGCAGUCGAGACUAGUAUUUAUAGAGCACUGAAUUCAUUUCACUCGCACUGUAUCAUUAGUUUGUUGACAGUUCUCACCUGAUCCAGAUGACUUCUUGUGGAACUAUUUUCUUUGGCAGAGCAUCAACAAACAAAUUACUGGCUAUAUAGUGUCUGAAAUGUCAGUUGCUCAAUAUGAAGUGUUGUAUAAAAGCAAUAUCACAUUGCAUAUCAUAUUCACCUUCGAGUGCAUCAAACCCCACAGUGCUUAAUGAUGAAGUGUAUUAAAAUGAUAAUGAUUUCAUAUCCAUGUGGAUGUGAUGAUGUCAGUCAGCUAAUUGUGUGUUGAAACAUUAUUCUGAGCGGCUGUCACAUGUCAAGUCAACUACCCAUUCACUGAUGCAUAAAGGUCACAAACUAAUCUCACCCUUCCAGUGACCAUUCAUUCUUGUCGGACUGUUGAAGUGGACACUACAGGUGCUGAUGUAUAAUAUGUUUACAAUAUUUUGUAGCAAAUGGACUCACGACAGCAAUUCUGCUACAUAAUUUGAUCUCAUGAGAGAAGAUCUAAGCAGCUGUAUUUUUGCAUGCUCGAGACAAGCUCAAAAUGAGUGCAACCAAACACAACAAAGAUGUCAUGCAUGUAUACGCUUCAUGUUUAAGGCCUUAUCUGAUGACAAGCUCUUAUUAAUCAACGACUGUAUCUAUUUUAUAUACAACUAUUCACACGAUGUCUUAUUUUAUGCUCUUUUGGAUUUACGUGUGUCGUGCUGUAAAUGAAAACUUUCCACCUGUCACAUGUCCUGUACUGCCUUCAUACGUUCCUAGUGUGAUGAUGUGUACAUUAAUGUCAUUAAACUUGUUCAAUUCACUUGUUAAAUUA